UCUGAAUCUUCUGCUCAUUCCUCCCUAAGCAGGUUCACCCAUCUUUGCUAAAAUGGCUCAACUGCUGAACAGCAUUCUCACUGUGAUUGAGGUGUUCCAGAAACAUGCUAAAGAGAAUGGGAACUGUACCUCACUGUGCAAGAAGGAGUUGAAGCAGCUGCUCUUGGUUGAGUUUGGAGACAUCCUCCGGAGACCAAAUGACCCAGAGACCGUGGAAACCAUCCUGAGCCUCUUGGAUAAAGACAGAAAUGGACAUGUUGAUUUUCAUGAAUAUCUCUUGUUCGUGUUUCAAUUGGCCCAAGCCUGCUAUCAUAAACUAAAUAAUAGGUCAUGUGGAGAUAGAAUCUCUCAGCAAGAAGGGGAGCAGGAGGGAACACAAGACCAUAAGUUCCCAGAAAAUACAGGCAGACAACAUAGGCAGAGGCAUGAGGAAGAAAGGCAGGACUCCCAUUGCACUCGGUCUGAGAGACAAAACCAGGAUGUACACCAGGAUCAGUCUGAGAGACAGGGUAGGGACUCCUGCUAUGGUCAGGCUGAGAGACAGGAUAUGGACUCCCAUUGUGGUCAGUCUGAGAGACAGGAUACAGACUCCCACUAUGGCCAAAGAUGGAGUCAUAAAUCUAGCAGUAGCCAGCCUAAAAAACAAGGAUAUAUCUUUGCCUUAAAUCAUUGUGAGAGACAAAUUCACAAUUCUUGUUAUGGCCAGACAAACCAACAGGAAUCAGGCUUUUAUUAUGGACCGUCUGGGAGGCUGGAUCAGAAAUCAGGUUAUGGUCAGAGAGAUAGGCAAGAAUUGGACUCUCAAUAUAGCCAGACAGACAGACAAGACCAGAGUUCCCACUCUAGCCAGACAGACAGACAAGGCCAGAAUUCCCACUAUGGCCAGACAGACAGACAAGGCCAGAAUUCCCACUAUGGUCACACAGACAGACAAGGCCAGAGUUCUUGCUAUGGCCAGACAGACAGACAAGGCCAGAGUUCCCACUCUAGCCAGACAGACAGACAAGGCCAGAGUUCCCACUAUGGCCAAACAGAGAGACAAGGCCAGAAUUCCCACUAUGGUCAGACAGACAGACAAGGCCAGAAUUCUUGCUAUGGCCAGACAGACAGACAAGGCCAGAGUUUCCACUAUGGCCAGACAGACAGACAAGGCCAGAAUUCCCGCUAUGGUCAGAGAGUCAGACAAGGCCAGAGUUCUCACUAUGGCCAGACAGACAGAGCAGGCCAGAGUUCCCACUAUGACCAGUCAGACAGACAAGGCCAGAGUUCCCGCUAUGGCCAGACAGACAGACAAGGCCAGAAUUCCUGCUAUGGUCAGACAGACAGACAAGGCCAGAAUUCUUGCUAUGGCCAGACAGACAGACAAGGCCAGAGUUCUCACUAUGGCCAGACAGACAGACAAGACCAGAGUUAUCAUUAUGGCCAGACAGACAGACAAGGCCAGAAUUCCCACUAUGGUCAGACAGACAGACAAGGCCAGAAUUCCCACUAUGGCCAGACAGACAGACAAGACCAGAGUUCCCACUAUAGCCAGCCAGACAGACAAGGCCAGAAUUCCCACUAUGGUCAGACAGACAGACAAGGCCAGAAUUCCCACUAUGGUCAGACAGACAGACAAGGCCAGAGUUCUCACUGUGGCCAGACAGACAGACAAGGCCAGAGUUCCCACUAUGACCAGUCAGACAGACAAGGCCAGAGUUCCCGCUAUGGCCAGACAGACAGACAAGGCCAGAAUUCCCACUAUGACCAGACAGACAGACAAGGCCAGAAUUCCCACUAUGGUCAGACAGACAGACAAGGCCAGAGUUCUCACUAUGGCCAGACAGACAGAGCAGGCCAGAGUUCUCACUAUGGCCAGACAGACAGAGCAGGCCAGAGUUCUCACUAUGGCCAGACAGACGGACAAGACCAGAGUUAUCAUUAUGGCCAGACAGACAGACAAGGCCAGAAUUCCCACUAUGGUCAGACAGACAGACAAGGCCAGAAUUCCCGCUAUGGUCAGACAGACAGACAAGGCCAGAGUUCUCCCUAUGGCCAGACAGGCAGAGCAGGCCAGAGCUAUCAUUAUGGCCAGACAGACAGACAAGGCCUGAGCUCUCAUUAUGGCCAGACAAACAGAGAAGGCCAGGGCUAUUGUUCUGGCCAGACACACAGAGAAGGCCACAGUAAUUGUUAUGGUCAGACAGACAGACAAGGCCUGAGUUCUCACCAUGGUCAGUCAGAGACUGGGAAGAUAGGGCAAAAUAGUUACCUUCAAGGGAGGGAAGAAAUAAGCAGAGACUUAUAUGUUGAGCAACCAGGAAGGUCAGGGAGAGUAAGUCAACAGACUCAAGGACAAGAAGUGGCUCGAAAUCAGGGACAGAGAUUUCAGUCUAGGGAAGGGCAGCAGAACAGCCACCAGGCAUGGGAGCCCGAGGAGGAUAACCAACACCACCAACACAAACUCAUAGCACAAAUCAAGCAAGAAGUGCCACAUGGUUAUAAAGAAGGUGAAUGGCAAUCAUGUAGUGGUGAGCAGGGCCACAGACAGACACAGGCCAGGCAUGAAGAGAGGCAGAGCCACCAGGCAGAGGGAGAGCAGGCCUGCCAAAGCUGGGGCAGACACGGUUGUGAGGGUCAGGAAACUCCAUGCAAGAUGCAGGCCAGGCAAAACCAUGAAGAGGAACAAGGCCAUCAGAGACGGGACAGGCAAACCCACGAAGAUCUGCAGACCCAUCAGAGACAAGAGAGGCAAACCCACGAAGAUGAGCAGACCCAUCAGAGACAAGAGAGGCAAACCCACGAAGAUGAGCAGACCCAUCAGAGACAAGACAGGCAAACCCACGAAGUUGAGCAGACCCAUCAGAGACAAGACAGGCAAACACAUGAAGAGAAUCAAAACUAUCAGCAAAAAUGGGAUAAGCAAACCCUUGAGGAGGAAGAAAGGUAUCAAGGGUCCCAGGAUCAACAACCUUAUGGGAUCCAGCAAGGCCGUGCUAAUAGAGAAAAAUUCCACAGGAAUGAAAAUAGCCAGAGGCAAAAUUCCCAGGGAGGAUGCAGUAACCUGACACUCCAUCCCACCCAGAGCAGUGGGAGGCCCUCAAGGAGAGAACAGGGUGGAAGUCACCCUAACAAGGUAGCUUCUGCUCCCAACGCCCUCUAUAACUAUGUACAAGAGCAGAAAAGGAAUCAGCGCUAGGUUGUGCACACACCAGAGCUAAAGCAGCCUGAAGCCAAAGAAAUCUACAUGUCAAGUUUAUCCUUACUUCUGUUUAAGAGAUUGAAAAUGUAUGUCUUCCUUCUCUCUUCCAUCUACUUGUAAAGAUGCUUUGAGGACUAGUAUUCACUUUUAGGGCAUUUCCGUUCUUUAAGCAGCAAUUCUAGGGUGUUCCAGUUGGGUUAAGUCUGAGUGGCAAAUUGGGUGACAUAAUCAGAUCUCAAUUUUGAUUAGUUUGGGGAUUUAAAUCAUUUCCUGGUUUUCCCUCUGUGUAGGUGGGGACAUGGCUGGGUCACUGAAUGGUAGAAACUUCUUCCAAAAGUUCAGAAACAGGGAAGGUAUUCCAAAAAUACAUAUUACAGCCCGAAGACAGGACACCUGGUCUUUUGUGAGCUUGGCUCCAAUGGACAAAACACCAGGAAUUGCAAACCUCAUAGCCUAAAAUGAAACAUGGUGAGAUGCUACUAGGAGAGUCAACUCUGAAGUCCACAACACCUCCCACACCUAGGCUCCCAACCCUCACCAGAGGGACAUUUCCCUAAGCUGCUACAGCUGACUUGACUGGUUCCAGCUCCAUAGCAUUCCAGUUUCUGACCAUAUAAAACAGAGAGAAAGCAUAUGUCAUCUGCUGACAGAUUCCAACAAACCAAAACUGUCCCUCCAUUGCUCUGGAAAACCCCUCAAAGAAAAUCUAUGGAAAUGUAUUAAAAUAUCCAAUAAAUGAUUGGUGAACAAUGA